AUGAAUCGUAUCUUACUUGACCUUAUCCUAUUUAAUAAAACCCACACUACAAUCAACCAAGCCGAUACGAUCAUCAAAAUUUUAAAGAAAAUAAAUUUUGGUCAAAAACUUUUAGGAAUCACAACCGACAAUGCUGCCAAUAUGCUUGUAAUGGGGCGUAUUCUAAAAGAAAAAAUUAGCGAUGAAUUUGAUAAUCAAGAUGACCUGUUAAUACUUCUUGAGCCCAUGUAUCAUGCAACUGUAAUGCUAUUUUCAUCAACACUUUUUACUCAAAGUAACCUUCGUAUGUGCAAUGAAACAAAGUUCGCAUCAUAUUGGGUUCAUUUGAAUGAGUUGUCAACAAUUUUGGGUCUUCUUGAUCCACAUAAUAAGCUCUCAACCUAUGUAGUAAAUGAACAUAAGCAAGCUAUUAGAGUUGACGAUGGAGAGUUUCGAAGUUUCAUAGAGAGCUCCCGUGCCUUGGAAAUUUCUUUACUAAUUGAUUUUAUUCCUUCUUCGACAAUAAUAUUGAGAACAUGCGCACCACAGCGAAAAUGCUAUACAUCUUGA